UGGGGCGGCUGUAAGCGACGUCAUCAUUAUGCGACAGUGUGAUACCAUCCCGCUGCAGUGUUGCUGUACUGUGUUCGGUGGAACGGUAUCGUCCCCAUUCUCUCCUCAACGGAUCAUUUUGAGUCAAAUAGCGUCUGUACACGCUUGCUACUACGCAAGGAGCUCAUGGCAGACCUGGGACUGCAAGCUGGGAACCGGGUGCUGCUGAUAUGGAGUCUGCCCUCCCCCCCAGCUGCUCUGAAGGAGCUAGCGGAGGUUGUGAGGGCUGCAGUGGGCAGCCAAGACCUGGUGUCAGUGGAGAAUGUGGAGAGACUGCUGCUGUCGUCCCAUGCAGAAUCCACCUAUGACUGGGUGCUGUCGGGCCUGACGCGAGACAGUGCCCUGGUACACAGCCCUGAGAUGCUGGCAGAGGUGGCACGGGUGAUGAAACCUGGAGGGAAGAUUGUUCUGGAGGAGCCAGUCACAGAAGCAGAGAGCGGAGUCCUGAGGACCCCAUCGAAGCUGCAGUCAGCUCUGAAGCUGUCGGGCAUGGUGUCAGUCACGCAGGUAAGUUCAAGCUCGCUGAGUGCCGCGGCAGCCGCUACCCUGGGGAAGGCGGCAGCCUUGGAGGGCGGCACGGUGAUGAGCGCGCGCUUGUCCGCCUCCAAGCCGAACUUCGAGGUUGGCUCCUCCAGCCAGCUCAAGCUUUCCUUCGCCAAGAAGACGUCCGUACCAGAGAAACCAGAGCUUGACCCCACUGCUGCCAAGAAGUGGACUCUGUCCGCUAACGACAUGGACGACGAGGAUGUGGAUCUCUUGGAUUCGGAUACAUUCCUUGACGCCGAUGACCUGAAGAAGCCUGAUCCCGCUUCCCUGAAGGCCCCGACUUGUGGGGAUGGAGCCACCAAAAAGAAAGCCUGCAAGAACUGCACAUGUGGUCUGGCAGAGGAGCUGGAGCAGGAGAGCCUGAACACGAAGAAAAACAACCAGCCCAAGUCAGCCUGUGGCAACUGUUACCUAGGCGAUGCCUUCCGCUGUGCCAGCUGCCCUUACAUGGGGAUGCCCGCUUUCAAACCCGGGGAGAAGAUCCUCCUGGACAACACUCGCCUCACUGAUGCUUAGCCGUACGCACUGUGUUACACACACCCACACCCCCCCCCCCCAGAAAACUGAAUGAAAUCACUAGAAAUAAAGCAACAAUGAGUCCUCCA